AUGGUCUACUCCGGCAAUCCUACAGAGCUUCUAUCACUCUUAGAGUACAAGGAAACACCCUUAAAUGGAGAAGGAGGCACGGCAACCAGAGUUACUACCCCGAGGCCUAAUGUCGGAGUGUGGGAGAGAGAGAUCGACUGUGACAAUUGGAUCGACAUCUGUAACGAGUCGGACAGCAGGCACAAGCGGAGGCGAAUUUUCACUCAUCAUUGGGUGGUCGUUAGCAUCCUCAAAUCUGCACUGCCCAACAACGAAAUGCCGUAUUAUCCACGCACGGGGAACUGGUUACUGUUACCCAUCGUUGUCAGAACUAGGAGGAUCUAUUCCCAAGCGUCGAGUAUCAAGCUAGAACCGAAUCCAAAGCUGCGAAUCCACAGCUUUGGGGGUGGCGUUGCGAACACUGAAAAACGUGAUCGUGGUUGGUGGUGGAAUCUAGACUGCACUGCCACAAGGCUCAGUAACUCAAUUAAACUUCCAUGUCGUACUACCGCGGUCCGACCUCAACCAGAUUUCGUCCUAGAUCAUGAUGUACGGCAAGUGAAAUACGAAAAUACAUCUGAAGCACUCACAGCUAGAGACAGUUCCAAAACUGCUGGCAGGGCCGACUUUUUCCAACGGAAGCCAUUGUUAUGGCCUCCGAUCUCCCCGACAACCCGCUUAGCUCUUCCGACGGCGCCAAAAGGCCGCUUGAGCAUUAUCAAUGCUGUGAUUUCUCUACCCGGCUACCUCAACGUUUUCAAGAAUGGAGUUUGCUGGUGGAUACAUACGCCAUGUUUCAUACUAAGCAACGCGCCACCUGAUAUCAUAGAGCUUUUCCUUGGUCUUAUCCAGGACACUCGUGGGAUAUGCCUGUCAACGGCGCGGCUGGCUAUACAGAGUCUCCAGAGGCAUAUACUUGCCAGACAUCCCAGGGACGAAAGGGGGCGUAGAAGCCCUGGCAUCGCCUCUAGAGAAGUCGGGUGCAUUCACGGAGACUGGCAACCCAAAACGGCCCGCCCUUACGACCUACGCUGGAUGAGGAAGAGCUCGCACCAGAAGACUGGCUGGGAGAUCAUAGCCUGGAGUGAGGGGGGAAAUCCCGGGUUGAAAAGUGUCAGAGGAAAGAUGGCAAUGCUGACGGACUCUGAGAACAUCAAGGGAACUCGUUCCAUGCAUAUAAACCCGUGCCCCGUAGCCCAAGCUAUGGUGGGUGUCGACUCCCCUGGGUACCACAAACUUGACAUGCGAAGACACGAGAAAACUAUACUACUGAAGAACUGA